CAGACGUGUGCUCACAUGGUUUGAAAUGAAAAAAAGGCGAGAGGAGGAGGAAGUUGGGACCGGAUAGCAGCAUGCUGACCUGGCAGAGUGUUAGUCUCACGUUAUACUCACCCGCCACUCUCACCAAUGAAUUUACCUGACACUUCUGUGCACUUGGGCACCUGCUGGAGGAACUGACUUGGCCGGUGAGGCCCGCAAAAGGACAUGACACAGAACGGCACUGUAGCCGGCAAUGGCACUCAGACUGACUCUCUCAAAAUUGUGAUCGUCGGAGAUGGGGGUUGUGGGAAAACAUCUCUGCUUAUGGUGUACGCCAAAGGAGAUUUCCCAGAGAAAUAUGCUCCAUCUGUGUUCGACAAAUAUGUCACCACUGUAUCCUAUGGAGGGAAAGACAUUCAGCUGAAUCUCUAUGAUACAGCAGGCCAAGAGGACUAUGACCGCUUGAGGCCUCUGUCGUAUCAAGAAGUAAACCUUGUUCUCAUCUGCUACGAUGUGACCAAUCCGACGUCGUUCGACAAUGUCACGAUAAAGUGGUACCCAGAGGUCCGUCAUUUCUGCCGUGACGUCCCCAUUGUCUUGAUAGGGUGCAAGACGGACCUGCGAAAGGACAAAGAGAAGACGAGGAAGCUCAAAGCUUUAGAUCUGGCGCCCAUUACCUACCUCCAGGGUGAAGAGAUCAAGAAGCAAAUGAACGCUGAGGUAUACCUGGAGUGUUCAGCUAAAUAUAGAGAAAACGUAGAGGACAUUUUCAGAGAGGCAACAAAGCGAGCGCUAUCGGCCAGAGCUAAAGCAAGACAUCGUCGCAAGAAGAAGAAACGCUGCACCAUCCUGUGACCAUUACCAGAAGGAACACAUUUGUUCAAGUUUUGUAUAUAUGAACUAGGAUAUUUUGUAAAAAUUCCAAAAACCAUCUGCAAAGCUUCUCACUAUUGUUUAAGCUUCCAUGGAGGAAUAUUUUUCAGGACAUGCUUGUGGUGUGCGUUUUCUCAUAAUCUGCCCACCAAGCAAGGCUUACUCUUUGACAGAGUUCACCAGUGUGUGUUUGAUAAGUUUGUAGUGGUCCACACCACAUCCUUCUGCUGGUGUUACUGAUAUGACUUGAUGGAAUUUGGUCUUCCAUGAUCGUGGAUCCAACAGGAGAUGGAAAAACUGCUGCUGAUGUCUCAGGGAUGACUAUACAUCACAUGGUCACACUUUGAAUUUGGUUACAUUCUGUGUUGUUUAUAAUGGUAACGCACAACUAACUGAAGUAACAGCCACUAUGUUACACUGGGUGUGCAAUUCAUGUUAUCAACUUACACAGCAGUUUUUGAGUUACAGUAUUUUGUGAGUUUAUAUAUUAUAUAAAGCUGUCUGAACAAAAAAGGAGGCCUGUGGUGUACAAAAAUCCUGAUUUGUAGAAAUAUCAGUCUGUGUGUAGACCACCACCAUUUACAACAUUUUAACUAGGCUAGAAUUUCAUUUUUGUUUCUUUCAGGUUGAUUUACUAUAUCUCGAUAACUUCUUCAGAUCUCACAUAGACGCCAGAAAGUGUUGGAUCAUUUGAAAACCAUUUGCCUGAGUGUAUUUGCACAAAUAAACCCGUGAUAUUUUAAGUUA